AUGGCACCAUCGUCAAGGAAGAAAUCAAAGCCCAACUCAUCAGAACUUGACACUGAACGCACUCUCUUUUUGGAACUCCAUCCCGAUCAUGACGAGCCAGCCCGGUUAUUCGAUGAACUUUGCAAUGUUGCUGGAUUGGAAAAGGUGCGAAAACACAACAACGAACUAGCCCGUAUUUUUCGCCUUUCGGAAAGGACCGUCAAAGAGCAGAGAAAGAUCGCCGGGAACUGGGAAGAACUUACCUCAGGGGAACUGGGAGCUCUUCCCUUGCUCCAGAAGAAACUCGGCCUCACCGUUGGGGCUGAUGGAGUCCACACACUGAUCUCGUGUGCUUACUUCAUCCGAUUCCCCGACCAAACUUCUGAAUUGUCGAAUCAACAGAUGCUUGCUGCAAUUAAGACUUCCACCACUCCUGAAGAAGAGGUACUCAAAGAUACUGAAACGAUCGAAUGGUCAACCGCAAUCGUCCAGAAAGGGGACACGAUCUUAUUGUUCUCCCAACCCUGA